CUUUCUAUAGCAUACCAGGAGCAGUUACGGAUCCUAUGGUCUGAAGAGCAGUAGCAGAUCCCACGGUUAGCCCGUAUGGUAGACCGCUGCUUGAUGUAUAAGCGUAUCCGGCCGAUAAUCGACUUCCCUCUCGAUCGGACGAAUCUACGGGCGUAUACGUGCUUCGCGUGCCACGAGCGACGACGCGACUCUUACUGCGAGCAGAGAGGGAAGCCGGUUUCGCAAGACGGGCGGGCACGGAGGCUAAUACGGGCCCGACAGGUCGUUGAGAAGGCUCUCCGGGCACGAUUAUAACGGGAGAGAGCCCGGGAGCGGUGGUUAGAGAGAAAGAGAGAGUGGGAGGUGGGGCCUUGAACGGGAGGUUUGUAUAAGGAGAGUUAGAGAGCUUUAUGCUCCAGGACGAGCAUUGGAUUGGGCCCUUAAGCGAGGAGGACUUUACGACCUUAGAGGAGAGCUGGAAGGGCGUACCGAGAGCGGGAGAGGGUCCAACGGGCUUACAAGAGCUCCGUACGGCCUUCUACAAAAAGAAGGAGUACUCUACGGCUGCGAGCUGGCGCUGGAAGAGCCCGUACCGGCAUUGGGAAGGCUGGGAGGGUCCGCAAGAGGAAGAGGAAGAAGAGGGUACGGAGAGCUGGGAAGGGUCUGCGGGCAGGGGGGAGUAUUGGGAAGGCUUGUAAGGAGAGGAAGAGAGCUGGGAGGGCCAAAGUAGCCUGUAAGAGAGCCGGGAGAGCUCUAUAGCCCCUAUAAACGGCCCGCAAGACUGCCCGCAAGACUAGUACUGCUCCUCUUGUAAUCAGAAGAGGCCCCUUAUAGACUUUGGCCGAUUCUCUACUUGUAAUGCGUGCCGGCAACGUAAUAAGAAGGCAAACCAGGCGCGGCACGCGAAGCAAAAGGCUCUCUUAAAUAAACCCUCU